CACAUCUGGUUGCUGUCCGACCAAAUCCACCAGUCAGGUUUAACUUAGGAAAACUUUUCCUCGCCAUUCACGAAGGAAUAAACAGCAGCCGAGGAAAAUGGGCACUGGGGAUUAUAUCUGUGUUACAAUGAGUGGAGGAACACCCUGGGGCUUCAGGUUGCAAGGUGGAAAAGAGUACCAUGAAAUGCUGCAUGUGUCCAAGGUUCGUAGCAAAAGCAAGGCCUCAGUUGCUGGAUUGUGUGUGGGAGAUGAGGUGAUCUCCAUCAAUGGGAAUCCUUGUACUGAUAUUCCCUACUCAGAAGUUGUGGGGCUCAUUGAAAAAUCAACCGAUAGUCUCCAGAUGUUUGUGAAAAGGUCACCAAGCAAGCCACAGUCGGCAGAAAGUAACAAUGCACAACAGGAAAAUAUUAACAGAGAACUGGGCACUGAAAGUACCAUGUUACAGAUCUGUCUUGGCCCAGAAACGUUGCCCAUAGAACAGAACAUCUCUGAAAUGCAAGAUCAGUCACUCUUUUCAAAAACGGGUUACGAUACAGCAUUGAUAGAAGAAAAGAAAGAUAAUGAAGUCCUGCUGGAACACAAGAUUGCCCCUAGAGUGUUAGAAACUUCCAAAGAUGGCAUAACAGGCGACAUCACACUGACAAGGAGAAUAGAAGAAGGUGCUAUGGUUGAACUGCAACUGUCACUCCCCCAGGACAUACAUUUGGGCAGUGUAGGUUCUCCUACUCUAACUCUCCUGGGUGUGGACCAGUGUACAUCUCCAGGAACAGAACAUAUUGUGCUACAAGAUGAAGUUGCCUGUGAGCACCUUGAUGAAAAAGAGCCACCUAGGCAGCAGACAUCUGCUACAUUCCAGAUAGUGGGCAAACAGCAGGCAAAGAUUAUCUCUGCAGGGCAGACAAGAGAAGCAUGUUUCCCAAGGGUGGAAUUGAUCUUAGACUGUUCUGGGAGAGAGAAGGAGCCCAGGUCUCAGUCUGACAGGGGGAGUGUAAUAUCUGGAGAAGAAGGAGGGCAGACAGAAGCACCUCCUUUCACUGUCUCCUUUGGAAUCAAAGCAGAAGACUUAGAGGAAGGAGACGAGGCUCAGCAAGCAGAAAGGGAGCUCAUCAGACCCAAUAAACACCGGGCGAGGCACGCCAAGCUUAGGCGCAGUGAAAGCCUCUCCGAAAAGCAAGUUAAAGAAGCCAAGUCUAAAUGUAAAAGUAUUGCCUUGCUGCUGACAGCUGCCCCAAACCCCAAUUCCAAGGGGGUGUUGAUGUUUAAGAAGCGUCGCCAAAGGGCCAGGAAAUUUACCUUGACAAGCUACGGUACUGGGGAACUCGAAAGGCAGGUGGACGACGAGGACGAUAACGAGGACGAAGAGGAUAAAGAGAAUACUUUCAACGUUACAUUUUAUGGGGCAAGUGAGUCAGAUCUAGAUGACGAUUUCUUUUCAGACCCUGAACUCAACACACAAAUCGUAACAUUUAACUGGGAUACUGGACUUGUAGAGGUUGAAAAGAAACUUAAUAGUGGUGACGCAAUGGAGGAACUUCCAGAGACCAAAGGUAAAGGGGUCCUCAUGUUUGCAAGAAGGAAGCAGAGGAUGGAUCAGAUAACAGCAGAGCAAGAAGAACUCCGGAAACAUAGUAUGGAAGAGAAGGUGUCUGUCACAGAGAAUGUAAAUAAUACUGUUUCAUUUCAGACACAGCAACAGCAGAGCAUAAAAAUUCAGAGCUGUGUGAGUAAAAGUUAUAUUGAGGUUAGCAAUAGCCAGACAAGAGUACAGAAUGGUUUUCCUGCAGCACAUGAGGCAAUCCCUUCAUUUCAGUCUUCAUCAAACAAAACCCCGAAACCUUUCGGUGGAUCACAGAAUAGGGCAGCAGCACCAUUUUCUCCUACUAGAAAUAUAGCAAGUCCAAUGUCAGAUGUGCCUGGACCACCCCCUUACUCUUCAGUUACUCCACCUCCUGAGCCAAGAUUUCAAGUGUCUUCACCAGUGUGUGCCAAAGCCCAAGCAGCUGUAUGGGCACCAUCAUUUUCAACAGAACAAAUAGCUUCUAGAGAUGAAAGGAUCUCAGUUCCAGCCAACAAGACAGGAAUUUUACAAGAAGCAAAACGAAGGAGCACAAAACCUAUGUUCACAUUUAAAGAACAACCUAAAAUAAGCCCAAGACCUGAGCUUCUCUCCCUAGUUCAGACCAGAGAAGGCAAACGUAGUGCCGGUAAUGAGUCUGGACCUGAGGAAGACUACCUCAGCCUGGGAGCAGAGGCAUGCAACUUUAUGCAAGCUCAUGCUGGCAAGCAAAAAACACCUCCACCUGUUGCCCCAAAACCUUCGGUUAGGUCCCCUACCGCAGUUCCAACAUCACCAGUAUCUCCAGUAUGGGCCGCUUCAACCGCUGCUCCAACACCACAAGUGUUUUCAAGUCAAUUUCCCCCUCAAAGUGCAGCCCCUGAUGAAGCUAAUGUUGCACAACCAAAAUAUAAUUCUUACAACCCUCCAACUUCUCUUAAUUUAUCAGGCCCCUUAAGAGGCCCUCCUGCAACAGCUCAAGCAGUAAAUCAACUGUAUACACCUAAAACGCCUCCUACUACUCCAUCAGGAACAUCGGCUGUUGGAACAGCUUAUGAAAUGCCAGCCUUGAGGGGUAAAGGAGCAGAGCUAUUUGCCAGGAGACAGUCCCGAAUGGAAAAGUUUGUAGUAGAUUCAACCACAGUGCAAGAAAAAGCAGCUCGACCACUCUCUCCAACCCCAUCUUUACCACCAUCUUGGAAAUAUUCAUCCAAUGUUCGAGCACCUCCUCCUUUAGCAUAUAAUCCAAUACAGUCACCACUUUAUCCCCCUGCAGCAAAUAAAUCUGCUUCCAAAACAGCUUCAGCUGCCAAGAAAAAGCCCACUAAAACACUUAGUGCUCUUCAGGUCAUGAAACACCAACCAUAUCAGCUUAACUCAUCUUUGUUUACUUUUCAAGCACCAUCUGACACUGCCUCUGAUACUGAAGCUCCUAAGAAAAACACUAAGUCAGACUUUGUUUCUUCUACCAAGCAAGCUACAUUCAGUAGGCCAGUGAAUACUGCUCCUAGUAGUAACUUCAUACCAGCACCUGAAAAUCCUCAGCCGGCCUACAACAUGCAACCUUCCCAAACAAGUGCCUUCAACCAAUCCAAAGAAACCUACCCAAUCGGCUAUCCUAUGCAGCCUAGACAAGAAUCACCGAUAACACCACUGAUCGCUCCUCCAAGGCCAAAAUUUUCUGCAAAGAAAGCUGGUGUGACAGCCCAGGAAAGAGAUAAUGGAAGAGCUAUGUCCUUCCCCGCUAGGAGCCUUUCCUCUGCCAGUUCACAACCAUUCGGCUCACCAGUAUCACCCAUGCUUUUUCAGCCGGCACCGGGAUAUGCAGGAAAAUCAGCAACAACACCAGACACACCAGGAAAGAGAUUAACUCCAUGGGAAGCAGCAGCCAAAUCUCCACUAGGGUUUGUGGAUGAUGCUUUCAUGUCACAAACUGUGCACGAGUCAAUAUCUGCCAAUGUAGUGUCCGCUGCACGUAGAAAGACUUUACCAGAACCUCCAGCAGCUUGGAAGACCACCCCCAAUGUACCAAUCACAGUUCCCUACGCCCACAAAGCCUUAUAUGAAAAUAAGCGUAAUAGUAUUUCAACAGUACCAAAAAAUGUAUUGUCUGCACCAUCUUUUCAAUGUGGUUACCAGCUCAGGCACCCAUACUCAAGUACACACUCUAUAACCAAUGCUCGAUCUCUACCUUUGGAAACAAGGUCAGAGUAUGGUAUGUCAACAGGUCAUAAUCCAAACUUCAAUCCUUAUCCUAGGGCUUGGAGGAGAUAA